UUAGUUUUCAAGACAUUAUUAGUUCAUAAACAACCAAUAUUGUUGGAAAGCAGAAAAAUUUGGUCAACGAAAACAGAACUAAUUUUUAAGUUGAUAAUUCCAAGUUGAUCAUAAUAGUUAAUCUAGUUGCCAUCUCUUGCUUUGUUAUUUGUAUAUGAAUGUUGUAAAUAUUUAUCAUUGACGGAUGAAGUUGUAAUCGAGACAAUUAACGACAAAUUGAGAUGAGUUGUUGCAUUUAUAGAAUGACCAACUCAAUUCUUUUUGUCCAAUUGAAAGUUAGUGAACGACUCCCGUGUAUUUCCAAACGAAAUCCGCUUUCAUCAGCAUUAUUUACAUUUUCCGGACGGUGUGUUUGAACAAAUAAUUUUACUUUAUUAACAAUCUAAUUUGCAAGUUUAAUAGUAUCUGUAUGUUGUACAAUGUUGUAUACCCUUCCGCAAAACUAUGUUUGAUUUAAUUUUGUAAUAUUAAUUGUAAGAAGAUAAUUUUUGAAUAUUUCAUUGAAAAUUCAUUUUAUGAUAUGUCACAAUUUAUAGGAGGAUACGAAGAAGAUUACGAAGAUUAUGAUGAAGGACAAUUUGGAGGACCUGGAAAAGGGCUUGGAGGAGGUGGCGCGGGAGGUGGAGGAGGAUUUGGAGGUAGGCCAGGUAAAGGAUCUGGAGGUGGUGGAGGUAGACCUGGCAAAGGAUCUGGAGGUGCUGGAGGAUUUGGAGGUAGGCCUGGUAAAGGAUCUGGAGGUGGUGGAGGUGACGGUGGGGGAGGUGGUAUGGGAGGUGGAGGAGGAUUAGGAGGUAAGCCUGGUAAAGGAUCUGCAGGUGGUGGAGGUGGCGGUGCGGGAGAUGGAGGAGGGUUUGGAGGUAGGCCUGGUAAAGAAUCUGGAGAAGGUGCUGGAGGUGGCGGCGGAGGUGCAUUUGGAGGAACACCUGGAAAAGGAAGUGGAGGUGGUGCGGGAGUUAGUACUGGAUUCACAAUAAUUAAUGAUACGUUAUAAUUUAUAGGAGAAUACGAAGGUGAUUACACUAAUUACGGACAAGGAAUUGGAGAGGGAGAAGGACGAGAAUUUG